AGUGGCAGCUGUCCUCUCUCUCUCACACCUCCGAAGCUCCUAACUCCGACCAGGCCUACCUAUCAGCAAUGCUCAAUUACUCCGAGCCACGCUUUGGCCCACCAGCCCAAACACUAUCCACGUAUGCCAGAAACACAAUGGGCUUCUAGAAGCCUGGGAACCCGCGGAGCCGCGCCGCCCCGCUUAGCUAACGGCAUAUCUCGCGUCCAACUGGCCCGCUGCUGCUCGGAGUCCCCGAGCCCCCCGGAAAAAAAGCAGCGUGCCUCAUGCUCGUCGCGCAUGCAGUGCUCGUUCUGCAUCUGCGGCGCAGCUGCGUCGCUGGGGGGGUUCAGCCAUGCCUACAGGGAGCGACGCCAUGUCACCGACGUGGGGGUUCGCCGAAGGCCUUCAUCAAAACGCCUUCACUUCAGGCAACUCUCCCUUUGCAAUCAUCCAAUCCGUCUAGUCUGUUUCAAGUCUACACGCUCAUCUAACCGUCCGAGAUUCGAGGACUCCUCGCUCCGUGCCGCGCCCGGGCUCCAUUGCAGGGCAGUCCGGCUCUCGGAGGUUUGGGCUCCGGCUGCCCUUGGCGCUCCAUCUCCCAAAGGGCUCUUGUCGAUUCCCUGAAGAAUCCUUGCGCGCGCUAUGUCAUAUUUCUACAGCACGACACCACAUGCUCGUCCAAUUAUUGGCAGAUUCAACAUGCCCCAAUGCUACCUUGGACGAAAAUCCUCCGCCAACGUUGCGCUCGGCUCUCACCGGGGAAAGACCUGGCUAAGAGCUUCCUGAAAGACCCCCACGUUGUAGUCGAUCAGCACCUUCUUCUCUGCCGGAGAAUCGUCUCCCAUGAGACAGAUCAGAGCCAGAUACCUGGUGUGGUUUUAGC